AUGACCGACUGGACAACUGAGCCACACUUGCAUUCCCACACCGCGUCCGACUCGCCUGAUGGCCCGGCGUUCGCCUCUCCCCUCGGCACCGCCAGCUGGGGCCCGGAUGGGUUCUCGCAUGACCCGGGAUUUCUGGCCUCGCAGGAGGAACUGCGAUGCAUGCUUUUUACCAUCGCGCAGUCGGCAGCACCGACUCGCGUGCCCAGCCCAGAGGGCCGAGCCGAUGCCGGUGUUCAGUCUCGGGAGCGGGAGCGCGCGCUGAUGCGCCCGGUACUGUCGGAUACGCGCCGCAUCGAGUAUUUGAAGAACUACGUUGGACAAGUGGCUCCAUGGCUUGAUAUGUUCGACUCGCAAUGUGCUUUCCGUGUUCAGAUCCCUGCUCUCGCCCGCACAUUCCCCGCGCUUCUCAAUGCUGUUCUGGCUAUCUCUGCCCGGCAAAUGGAGAGGAGGGAAGGCAUCCAAGACUCCUUCGAUAGCAUUGAGCUCUACCAGGAGGCUAUUCGCUUGCUAAGCCCAUUAUUGCAGGUGCGUGACCCCAAGGUCGUCGCCGCCUGCGUGCUGCUAUGUUGUCUUGAGAUGAUGUCGGCUCGUGCCCAGGAUUGGCGCCGUCAUCUAGAGGGAUGUGCUGCGUUGUUUGAUGCUUUUGGGAUGCAUGGUUUCAGUGGUGGCCUGCUUCAGGCUUUGUUCUGGUGCUACGCGCGCAUGGAUGUAUGUGGUGCUCUUAUUUCGGAUGGGACCCAGAGCACUCUUCUUCGACCGAGCAAGUGGCUAGCACCCGGCUGCCACGAGGAUGAUGCGUCGCGGCUAUUUCAGGCCACCCAAUCCCCUGAUAUGCACGCCAAUUAUGCCGUUUAUCUCUGUGCAAAGACCUGUGAGCUAGUCUCUGACCGGACGCAGUGCAUCGAACUUGGUUCUAAGAACGGCUGCACUGGUGAAGUCUUCAACCGUCGUUGGAUCCAGCUCUGGGACGAUUUACAGCAGUGGGUGGACAAGCGGCCACGCGAGCUACUUCCAGUGUACACGGCCCCGAAUAAACCAUUCCCAUACAUCCUUUUUAUUCAUUGGGCAGCUAUUUCCUCAAAUCAGCUGUACCAUACUGCCAGCAUCUUGCUUCUGAAUCUCAUGCCCAAGUCGGUCAAGUUGCAACCUGCACCUUCUGUGUCGGCGCUCUGGCACGCACGCCGUAUCUGUGGGAUUUCGCUGGCUAAUUCCCACCACGGCUGUUUGAACAAUGCCAUUCAGCCGUUAUGGAUAGCCGGGCGUCUCUUCAGCCAUGUCUCAGAGCAUACCAUUAUUGUCGAUAUCAUCCGAAACAUCGAGGCCGAUACCGGAUGGGGCGCUUGCUGGCGGAUUCGUGACCUAGAGCUGGCUUGGGGGUACCAGGUAUCUCGUUGA